UCCUAUUACAACUUUUUUUUGCGCAACAUCGUACUUUUUUACUUGUAGCCACGUUAUUAACACCAUGGAGCUUCCUAAUGUCGGGGAAAAUUGCGCUGUCGAAGGAUGCGGGCACCUUGACUUUUUGCCUGUAAAGUGCGGCUUCUGUGACCAGCACUACUGCUCGAAGCACGGGAACGCGGAUGCACACGCCUGCCCGAGCGCGCCUCCGCCAAGCACAAGCACAACGCAUAUUACCGAAGAUAUGAGUAACGUGCCUGUUUCGACAUAUACGCGCCCUGCGAGAACGGGGCCAAAAGACAUCCGAACAGAGUCCAAAAAUACAUUGACAGACAAGCAGCUGGCUGCUCUGGAAGCAUUGAGAAAGGGCACUUGCGCUCGCUCCGACAAAACAAGUACCCAACCUAUGAAAAAGCCCCGCAUAUCACCUCAAGCCGAGCUAAGAAUUCUCAAGAUGAAUGCAGAGGGCACCUCCAGCAUAGCCGCGGAUAGCCGACUAUACCUGCGCGUGCAGUGGGAAGCAAAGACCAUACAGGUCUUUAUCAACAAGGUAUGUUUAGCCAACCCAAUGUCACUUUGACAGCAUUCCAUUUGCCUUUUAUCGCACAUGUGCUGACAUUGGUAUCGAUCACACAUUUGACGUACUGCAACGAUAUAGAACUCGGUUAUCGGAAAUGCUGCUGGCCGGUUUGCCCAGAAACUCGGCGCAAGCAUGCUUCCAGGCAACAUUUAUCGGCUCCAGGUUGCUGGUGCUGGCGAGUCGCUUCCGUCAAACAAGCAGUUCAGCGAGCUCCUCGAAGCAGCUGCGCAUUACAAUGGGUUGCUUUACAACGGAUGCACUUUAGAAUUGAUAUGCUCACUCGGAAGCUCGCCAUGAUUGACAUCAUGUUACACUCGAUUGAUUGGUUUGAAUAGACAAAUAUUCAGAAUAGACAAGCAUCCUCAGACACCACGCAUAUAAAUAUUACA